AUGAAAAAACAGGCAGAAUCUGGAAGCGUCGAGUCAGCAACCACAACUGCCGUAUGGCCGGUGCUCAAGGAUUGUCAAAGGGAGAUCACGCGCCUUCAGAACAUUCUUGAUAAGACUGUGCCCUCUGUUGGGGAUUCAUCUUGGGAGCGGCGGAAGAAAGCGUUUUUGAGUCUCGGAAAGGACAAAGAAGUCGAAGAGAUUGCAGAUUCACUCUCGAGAUACGUUCGAGUUCUCACUCUACACCAAGCACUUGAAGGCUCGAAGCCGGACUCACAGGCCCCACCGAAGUACGAACCAGCAAGGCCCCGAUAUUUCACAUUGGUUCCAUUUGAUCGGAACGCCCACUUCGUCGACAGGGAAGACGUGUUUAAGCAAAUUGAUGAUAGUUUCAGGGUCAGGAAGGGAAGUCAACCAAAAGUGGCUCUAUUUGGUCUAGGUGGCAUUGGAAAAUCGCAAAUCGCGCUGGAGUAUUGUUUCAGGCGGAAAGAAAAGGAUCCGGAAUGUUCGGUUUUUUGGGUCCACGCUGCCACCAUUGCGCGCUUUGAAGAAACUUACAAAAGAAUUGCAACCGAGUGCGGCAUCAUUGCUCAAGAAGAAGAAGCUCAAGUGGACGCAACCAUGCUCGUCCAAAACUGGCUAGAAAACCGUCACGAAGGCCGUUGGCUAAUGGUUGUUGACAACAUCGAUGAUACCGAGGUUUUUUUCAAGGAGCCUAUGACUAACCAGAAAACUGUGUCACAGUGUAUUCCGCGAACAUGGAAGGGAUCGUUAUUGUUUACAACAAGGAGCCGGGAUAUUGCUAUUGAUUUGAUACUCCCGGCCAAACCCAUUCCUGUUCCCGUAUUGACCAAGUCUGAAGGAGCAGAGCUCCUUCGCAGCAGGCUUCCAGGUAACCACUCAGAAGAACACAUCAUUGAAUUGCUUGAAGAGCUGGAAUACAUACCUCUGGCAAUUACACAAGCAGCGGCCUUUAUGUCUAAGCGUCGAAGAACAAUCCCUCAGUAUCUCGACUUGUAUCGAAAAAGCGAUUCAGCGAGAGUUCGGAUGUUGUCUUACGAGUUCUCAGACCACGGAAGGCAGUAUAAUUCCAUGGAAUCUGUGGCCAAGACAUGGACGAUCUCAUUUGAAUCUAUUCGAAGAGGCAAUCCUAGAGCAGCUGAUUUGUUAUCUUUGAUGUGCUAUUUUGACCGACACGCAGUUCCCGCCACCUUGCUCACUGGGGAGGAUGAAGACGAGUUGGAUUUCGAGGACGCGGUGGCAGUCUUGUGUGCCUUCUCCUUGAUCGAGUCCGAUGAAGCCGGAACCAGCUUUGAUAUGCACAAUCUCGUACAGCUAGCUACAAAGCUAUGGUUGAUUGACGAAAAUAAAGGAGAAGAAGACAAAUGGGCGUUUGAGGCCCUGAAAUCACUUGCUCGCAACUUCCCAGCCCCACUUCACCACACUACGCCGGAAUACUGGCAGCUUGGCAGAGAUUUUCUGCCACAUGCACAGCUCAUUCUAGCACAUCCUUUCAAAACUCAACGAGACCAGAUUGAACUCGCACGGGCUACUCUACUGUUUUCGGUUUCACGUUACUUGCACUGGCGUGGUGCAGUCAUGGACGCUAAAGUCAAGAACGAAGAGUCGUUAAAAAUUCGGGAGAGGAUACUCGGGGAAAAGCAUCUAGAUACGUUGCGAAGUAUGAGCCAAUUAGCAUGGAUGUAUCCGUGGAUUAGCAUGGAGCAGGAAGGAGUGGACUUGGGCCAGCGCUGCCUCGAAUUACGCCGGGAAGUGCUUGGGCCUGAGCACCCCGAGACACUUGAUGGCCUCAGUGAUCUUGCAAUGGCCUACCAAAUGCAAGGCAGAUUGCUGGUAUCCGAAGAAAUGCAGCGACAAGCUUACGAAGCUAGUCAGCGUGUCAAUGGACCUGAACACCUCGAUACUUUGAACUGCUUGAGCCACCUCGCAUCCGUCUUAGAUGACCUGGGGAGAUAUAAAGAGGCGGAAGCAGAGUUGAGGAAAGUAAUCCGAAUCAAGUCUCGAGUGCUUGGAGAAGAAAACUCGUCCAUAUUAUCCGAGAUGCAUAAUCUUGCAUUUACACUCGAACAUCAGGGUCGGCACAAAGAGUCUGAGGAAGUAUACCGGCAGGUCUUGGCACUGAAGACUAAAAUUUAUGGGAAGACGCACGUGGAGACUGUUACUACACUUGUGAACCUGGUUUUGCUGCUUCAAGAUCAAAAGAAGUACUUCGAUAUCCAGGAACUCUCUGGUUGGUUUUCGGGGGAGGCGGAGCUCGUACAGGAAAAUGAGAAUCCAAGAUUGAGACAGGCGAUGCGAACGUUGAGGAGGUUUUCAUUUCGCCCGCCAGGCGACGUGGCAAGCGAAAGCUCUGAUUCUGGAUACAGCGAUGACGAGGGUGGAGAGGAAUUGGCUGCGGUUGCCGAGGAGAAGGAGGACUUGAAAAGAGGGGAAAACCCGAACAAGAUCUUGGAGGUGGCUUAA